AUAAGUGCCAGACUAUAUUUAUCCAGGCAUGUCACACGUGUCACCUUUGCCUAAUUUGCAAGUGAAUACGUGUGCCAAUGCGCGUUCGAAGUUCACGACACGAGAGCCGAGAAAACGAACCUUUCGCCUAACUGCUGCUUCAGAUCUGCUAAAAAGUUUGGCAAAAUCGGGGCGACAGCAUCUAGAUUUCCUUCCACAGCUUGCAAUCACAUGCAGAGAUGGCCAAGUCAGGACAGGAAGCUAGGCAGAGGAAGACAGCCAGCAAAAACGGCUCGAAAUCCAAGGCGAACACGAAAGAUGUUAACAAGAACGUGAAAGGUUCCAGCAAAGCGAAGUCGAGUUCUUCCGGCCUUUGCUUCAAGGUUGUCAUAGUUACUCUGGUCGCUGCAGCUGCACUGGCUGCUCUGAUUGGCCUGAGGGUCAUCAAAAUUGAACAACUACCCGGAGGCGACAAGUUGUCACUUUUCAAGAAAUCUGAAGAGACAGUCCCUCCUCAACCUGAGCCCCAAACUGCUGACAAAGGUGCUGAAGAUAAAGAAUUAAGGAAAGAAGCACCUAAGAAAGAAGAACCCAAGAAGGAGACACCCAAGAAAGAAGCACCCAAGAAAGAAGAGCCCAAGAAGGAAGCACCCAAGAAAGAAGAGCCCAAGAAGGAAGCACCCAAGAAAGAAGAACCCAAGAAGGAAGCACCAAAAAAAGAAGAACCCAAGAAAGAGGAACCCAAGAAGGAGACACUCAAGAAGGAAACACCCAAGAAAGAAGAACCCAAGAAGGAAGCACCCAAGAAGGAAGAACCUAAGAAGGAAGCACCCAAAACAGAGGAACCCAAGAAGGAAGCACCCAAGAAAGAGGAACCCAAGAAGGAAGCACCCAAGAAGGAAGAACCCAAGAAGGAAGCACCCAAGACAGAGGAACCCAAAAAGGAAGAACUCAAGAAAGAGGAACCCAAGAAGGAAGCACCCAAGACAGAGGAACCCAAAAAGGAAGCACCCAAGAAAGAGGAACCCAAGAAGGAAGCACCCAAGAAGGAAGAACCCAAGAAGGAAGCACCCAAGACAGAGGAACCCAAAAAGGAAGCACCCAAGAUAGAGGAACCCAAGAAGGAAGCACCCAAGACAGAGGAACCCAAAAAGGAAGCACCCAAGAAAGAGGAACCCAAGAAGGAAGCACCCAAGAAAGAAGAACAAAAGAAGGAAGCACCCAAGACAGAGGAACCCAAGAAGGAAGCACCCAAGACAGAGGAACCCAAAAAGGAAGCACCCAAGAAGGAAGCACCCAAGAAAGAAGAACAAAAGAAGGAAGCACCCAAGACAGAGGAACCCAAGAAGGAAGCACCCAAGAAAGAAGAACCCAAGAAAGAAGCACUUAAGAUAGAAGAACCUAAGAAGGAAGCACCCAAGACAGAGGAAUCCAAGAAGGAAGCACCCAAGACACAGGAGCCCAAUAAGGAAGCACCCAAGAAAGAAGCACCCAAGCAAGAAGCGCCCAAGAAGGAAGUGCCCAAGAAGGAAGCACCCAAAAAAAACGAACCUAACAAGGAAACACUUAAGAAAGAAGAACCUCUAAAGAAAGAAGAACCUAAGAAAGAAGUACCGAAACAGGAGGUACCCAUGAAAGAAGAACCACCCAAACAGGAAGUUCCCAAGAAAGACGAACCUAAGAAGGAAGCACCUAAGAAAGAAGAACCUCUGAAAGAAACACCACAGGAAAAAACACCCAAACAGGAAGUACCCAAGAAAGAAGAACAUACAAAGGAAGCACCCAAGAAAGACGCACCUAAAACAGAAGCACCCAAACAAGAAACACCUAAGACGGGGGCACCCAAUCAGGAAGAACCUAAGAAAGAAGCACCCAAACAAGAAACACCUAAGACAAAGGCACCCAAAACAGAAGCACCUAAUAAAGAAGCACCCAAACAAGAAGCACCUAAGAAAGAAGCACCAAAACAAGAAGCACCUAAGAAAGAGGCACCAAAACAAGAAGCAUCUAAGACAGAAGUACCAAAACAAGAAGCACCCAAGAAAGAAGAGCCAAAACAGUCACAAAAGAAAGAAGAGCCAAAACAAGAGUUACCCAAGACAGAAGAACCAAAGAAGGUAGAACCGAAACAAGAAUCACCCAAAAAAGAAGCAUCUAAGAAAGAUGUGCCCCAAAAAGAAGAGUCCAAGAAAAAUGAACCUCAGAAAGACGUACCUCAGAAAGACGUACCUCAGAAAGAAGCACUCAAAAAAGAAGAACCAAAACAAGAAACUGUCCGGAAGGAAGAACCCAAGAAGGAAGUACCAAAGAAAAUAGAACCCACACAAGAAACACCAGUAAAAGAAGUGCCAAAGAAAGAGGAACCCAAGAAAGAAGAACCUAAGCUAGGAGAACCUGCAAAAGAUGAGCCUAAACAAGAAACACCGAAGAAAGAAGAGUCCAAAAAAGAAGAGGUCAAGCCAGAAGCAACCCCUAAACCAGAAGCAAAGAAGGAAAAGGCUUCAAAGCUUGAGCCACCAAAAGUAGAUCUUAAAAAGGAAGAGCCUACAAAAGAAGCAUCCGAACAGGAACAGACACAAGAAAAAACUGAGACAACCGAGUCAGAUGACACUGAAUCUGAAGACACCUUCACUGCCGCUGACCUCAGAAUAGUAGCAGAACUUCAAGAGGCUGAAGAUUUGCUUGAGAAGAAUGAAGUUCAGAAGGCUCUCCGAAGGUUUGAGAAGCUUCUUGAGAACCACGCAGAGAGCCCCCGUGCCCGGUAUGGCAGAGCCAGGGCACUGGAUAUGCUGUCAGAAGAGCGGCGCAGCAAUGAGAUUCUGAAUGCGGCUACUAUUGCAUAUGGUGAGGUCAGCACUGCACCAAACUGUCCUCCGAUCCUGAAGAAACUUGCCUGGGCCCGUCAGGCAAACCGGCUCACAUUCCUUGGCAAGGCUUUGCAAGCUGCUCGCGUUCUGCAAGAAGCCACCAUCCAGUUGCCCGCGGACGUCCAACUUAAGAAAGACCUAGGUGUGGCACUCCUCAUCGCCGGGAAGAACAUCCGCGCUAAGCCCAUAUUCCAAGAGGUCUUAAAGCUCAGCCCCUCCGACGGAUUUGCCCAGGUCCACAUGGGCUUCAUACUGAAGGCAGAAAACAACUUCCAUGAGGCCAUUCCAUUGCUGAGAGAGGGGAUAGCAUCAGGCGAGGACGGCACCAACGAGGGGAAAUACUACGUGCACCUUGGGGAUGCCUUGUUCAGAGUGGGACAAGCGGAAGAAGCCUACCAAAUAUACGACCAAGGAGCCAAGAAGGGACAUUUCACCUCGCGCUACCAGCGAUCCAUCUACAACGUGGACAAGCUGGCAGCUAGGCCAUGGUGGACCAACGAACAGGCCAAAUACACUGAGGCUGCCAAGAAAUUGGAGGAUAACUGGGAGACGAUUCGAGACGAAGGUCUGGCUCUCUUGGACAAGGAGACGGAAACGUUUUCUCCAGAAGAUGAGAAUCUACGGAGUACCGGAGACUGGAAACAGUUCACAAUGUUCCAACAGGGUCGCAAGGUGGAACCCAACUGCAAGAAAACGCCAAAGACUUGUGCAAUAAUUGAGACCAUUACUCAGUCGAGCGGCUGCAAAAGAGGCCAGGUGAAGUAUUCGGUAAUGCACCCAGGCACUCACGUCUGGCCCCACUGCGGUCCGACCAACGCCCGGUUACGUGCCCAUCUGGGUCUUCUCAUUCCAGAGGGGGUUAGGAUACGAGUCGCCAAUGAAACAAGAUCUUGGCAAGAGGGCCGGCUGAUGAUUUUCGACGACUCCUUCGAGCACGAGGUUUGGCAGGAAGCCAAGUCGGUCCGCCUCAUUCUCAUCGUGGACCUCUGGCAUCCGGACCUGACGGAGAACCAGCGCCACACCCUGACUGCGAUUUAGCAGCGCCCUCGGCUGACCAGAUAGUGCCAGGUGACAUAAAUCCACUUCAUUCAGACAAACUUCAGCUGAUGAAACAACACCUAACAGCAAUUCAGCAUCAUGUGGUAAAAGCCUUAAGCGCCCUCUAUUGACCAGAAAGUGCCAGGUGACAAAAAAUCCGCUUAUGUCUCAAAAUUCAACUUUCUCCCUGCAUGGCAAAAACUUAAGAUUUAUUCAAGGUUGCCAAAAAAGACUUGUAGUUUAAGUUGUAGUUUACGAAUUUUGGCGUUUCACUUACUGGCAUGAUACUAACACUACACAAGAUGAAUUUGCCUGCCACUGUAAAGUUUAACCCACUAGAGGGCGCUUCACAAUGUGAUGAGCAAUGGUUGAUGUCUUUUUUGUUUCUUCAUUUUUGUUUUCUCCGUGUGCUGUAAGAGUCAUUUGUAUUUGUUUUAAGGUUUUUUUGGGGUGUUUGUCGAACAGUUUUUUAACAAUUCAGUAUACAUUUUCCAGUAUUUAGGCCCUAAAACCACAGAGGGAAACUGACAGUUUUUAAUAAUUUUUGAAAGUUGAACAGAAAAAUUGACUGGAGCGGGUUGGAAUCAGUGACCUCCAGAUUGCCGUUCCGGUGCUCUACCAACUGUGCUGUCCAGCCCUAUGUUUGCGGUUCCCGAUUUUGUCACUGUCUUUGCUCAAGGGGCACUAGUCAGAAAUCAUAAACCCGCAAAAUGUAGCCAGGGAUCACGCCUAAAGUCACGAUUUUGAGGUCACAGGUUCAAACUCCGCUCCAUUCAAUUUCUUUGUUCAACUUUUACAAGUUGUUCAGUAUAAUGUAAGUCUUGUCUAAAAUGUGUUAACUGUAAAACUAUACGUUUCAUGAUUUUAAUGGGUAACAUUUCAGAACUACUGUGUUUCACGUUUUUCAUUUUGCAUAUGGCUGCCUGUCGCUAUGGCAAUGGCCAGUUUAGGGCCAUUUUUCCCCCAACUUUUUCUACUGACAAAGUAUCUCACAGAAAUGAGUGCUUUCGUGUGAACUCAUGGUGACAAUUAUAAGUUUCAAUAAAAUGUUAUAAAUGAAAACAAAUCAAUCUGUUUUAUACACAGAGUACAAUUGUUUACUCAGAGUGUACGAUAGGCAAAGAAACAUGCAUACAAGUAUCAGCACAUUAAACUAUAUAGUGUCCCUGGUUUCCAGUACUGAUGGAUACCAGGAGAAAACUUGGUAGCCAUAUUUUUGCAUGCCUGUACAGUUAAAACACUUCUUUACUUUUUUUGAUCUAUUUAGAACGGAAUGCAAUCUUUCAAGAAUAUAUUAAUGAAUUUUUGAUGUGUGCUAAGUUCUUUUUCAGCUUCCUUUAAAAUACAAGUAUUUUGCAUGACUUUUUUUUAUUUUGAAAUGUAGCAGUUUUUCUACACUUAACUCUUUUUGUUUAUAUUCAAAAGUAAAAAGGCCUUUUAUUUCUUUACUGCCAUCUUUGCCUUCAAUAUCUGGUCAGGGUAAAUUUGAGUUUUUCUUUUUUUUUUUGACUUGGGGUAAAACAUCAAUCGUCUGUCUUGCCGCUGUUAUAUUAUAAAACUUUAAACAUUUUACUUCAUCCAUUUUUGACAUCUAUUUUGCAAAGUGAAAUUCUGCCGAGCACCAGGUAAAUGCACUGUACACUUCAUACCAUGUUGGUUGGUAACCCGUCUUUGCUGUGCAAAAUCCUUCUUGCCUUGGCAGACACAUUUGUGUCACUGCCUUAAGUUCGUGCAAGGUCGUAUUAAACAAAAAUACCAAGUUACAUGUGUGUUCUAUUGAUAAACACCACACUUUCUAAUGCUUAAACUCCAGUGGAGGAUUCGGUGGAAUUUUAACAUGAUUUUGGAAGGUAAAAACCCAGCCACAAACACUUUUCUAAAGACUAGAUGCCUUGUUUAGAAUGCGGCCUCGGGUUCUUGGCACAAUUUCAAGAAUUCUGUGCUUACGAUCACCAUUCUGUAACAGCGCUAGCAGAAAUAUUCUGCGCUAACCUGCAGAGGUUAGCGCAAUUAUUCUGCGCUAACCUGCUUACCACAAACGCUGGGAGUGUGGAAAGAACUUUUUUCAUCAUAAAUCAUCUCAAUGGAGGUCAGUCAUAGCAAAAAUGUUCAAAAGACAUGAAUCUGGGACUGAGAAAAAUUUCCAAUUUUGUUAGAAAAUACUUUGAAAAUGCACUCAACUCUCCAUAGACUUUGUAUACAACCAAAAAAGUGGCGUAGUAGGUCUGACCUUGUAAGCAAAGAAUCCUUAGUUACAGGACGUACGCAUGUGCAUCAGCCAAACUUCCUCACUAACCCGUGAAAUAUGCUUAACGUAAGCGCGGAAUUUUGUGCUACAGUAAGCAGGGAAUUUUUGCUUACAGUAAGCAGGGCCAUGACAUUUGGCCCUGGUGGAUUGUGGAGGAUUUGGGAAGGUUCUCAGCAAAAAACAAAGUGUGUUUGGGUUAAAGUGAAAGUUAACCUUUACUAUAUAAUUAACUGACUGCUCGACUGCCCAGGUCAAAAUUGGUAUUUCCGUGGACUUUUUCUUGCAGCUGAUAAAUGCUAUUUUCAGUCAUAUUUCCUGAUUCAAAAGCUUUUAAUUAUCAUUUCUGGCAAACAAAAAAAUGUUUUCAAUGAUCAUGAUUGUAUGUGAUGCCAUUUCAAAUGCCUUAUAAUUAUCACCUUUGGAAAAAAAGUCGAUUAAUUUUGACUUGCGUAUUUCAAGCUAAAGAUCAAAUAUAAAACAGUGUCUUCCACUAAGUACUUAUAGAAAAGAUUCCCAUCUAAUUGAUGUGUGUGCCUUCCUGUACUGCUAUUUCAUGAUUGUAUUUUCAGUUUUGUGUUCUUCACAAAAAUUGCUGGAUUUCUUUUCCACGCAGCAUUUUAAAUAUUAAAGCAUGCAGUUAGUCAUGCCAAGUAUCUUUAUGUGUAUGCAGAAUGAGAUAUUUACAUACAUGUACAAAAUUUGCGUGUGCUAAUAUGAUUUUUUCCUCCAUUUAUAUUGUCAACUUAAGUGCAUUUUAAAAACUUAGAUCAAGUGGCGCAUGUACGCUGAAAAUGCAAAAAAUAUUGUUCGUAAGCAUAACUUAGUACAUGUACAUGAAAAUAAUAAAUGUUGGUAACAUUUAACAUGCUUUCUUCCCCUUUUUAUUUUUAAUGCACAUUUAAUUAACGAAAUUAAUAAUUUGAAAUUAAUUUUCUGUUUCCAAAUAAAAUUGACUUGAUCAGAUUAAAAUUACAUUUGAUAGUAGGAUUUUGUUAAGCAUUUUAAUUCCACCUGUAUUAAACUAUUCCAAGCAAAAACGUAACUAAGAUUUGUUGGUAUGCAAUACAGUAAUCAUGAAUUUAAUGUUAUAUAUCAACAUAGGAAAAUGUUAGCAUGUAAAGAACAUUGUAGCCCAAGAAAGUAUAGUUAACCAAUAUUUUAUUUCCUAUAACAAAUUUGAUUAAAUAAACAAUUUGAAUUAUCAAUAAUAACUCUACUUUAUGUUCGUAACAAACUUACAAAAUUUAGAUUGAAUACUGAUAGAUUUAAUAUGAUAGGCCUAGGCCUAAUUAAUCAUUCUCUUUGGAAUAAGAACAUUAACAUUUACCUUAAUUUCGGUUAAUUUCGGUUAAUUUUGUGUUGAAAAUUCUACUUAGUAAUUGUUUAGUUGAAUUUUUGUCGUAUCAUUUAGAGGUUUAGAAAGUGUUUUUGAUUGAGUGAGUAAGGAAGUUUUUUCGUUCAACAACCAAACAAAGAUUCAAUCAAAUAAGCGGUUCCUUUCUGAUUUUGCAUGUCCAUAAUUUGGUUGUAUUCUUGUGGUAAAAUUUUACCAAUGAACUCUUUCAUGCCGAGUUGCUACUUUUAAAAAAGUCAUUUGUGACCGGACUAUUUUCCUUAAUAAAAUAUCUACUAAAACCAGAUA